CAAAAAAAGUUACGGUGUUUAUAUGAUUAUUGUCAGUUAGUUUCUUUAGUUCUAUUUUCUUUCUUUGUUUUUUUUUAUAAGAUGCCGGGUGGUUCAACUUUCAGUUGACCGGUAUUGUCUAUAUCGGUUUAACUACGUGCUUUGUCGUGUAGAACGUGAAACAUUUGAAUGGUCACUGCGUGUCUCCUUAAUCUUCGUUUGAUAAGUGCUAUCGAUCAUGGCUGAUCAAGGUAGGGGCAGGAGUCGUGGGCGUGGAAGAGGUCAAGAUGAUAAAAAACCUACAAUGCCGACUCAGUACCCUCAGCCUCAGGGUGCCUGGAGUCGCAGACCUGGACCAUCUCAACCGCAACCAGGUCCAUCUUCACAAACGCCGUAUUCCAGACCACAACAGCCGCAACAGAGUUAUUCCAAAGUAAAAGGCACGGUGAAGCCGACAACACGCGCUGUGGAACGCUUAGGUCCUAGAGGCGACAGCGGACCGGGAUAUGCAGGUGAAGCUACCUCGGAAAAAAUGGAUGUUGGCGCAGGGGGCGAUGUACCAACGCUUGGAAGAGGAGCUAUGCGAGGUCGACGGCAGUUACCUGUAGAAAUAUUUACAAGACCUUCGAGCCUCGUAACCAAAAAGGGUACUAGCGGACCAAUAAUACAGUUGCAGUCUAACUAUUUUAAAUUAUUGACUACCACGAAUUGGUGUCUAUAUCAGUACCGAGUCGAUUUCGCUCCUGAUGAAGAUCGCACCGUAGUGCGGAAAGGUUUACUCAAGCUUCACAAGCAGAAACUCGGAGCGUACGUCUUCGAUGGAACUGUCCUUUAUUCAAGCAGGCGGGCAGAUGAUGUAGAAGAAUUUUGGUCCACACGACAAUCAGACGGAGCCAAUGUUAGAAUCACUAUACGCCUUGUUGGAGAAUUAAUGAGAAAUGAUCCACAGUAUCUUCAAUUUUUUAAUAUAAUAAUGCGCAAAUGUUUGGAUUUGUUGAAGCUUCAGCUUGUUGGACGGGAUUACUUUGACGCUCGUAGCAAGGUAGAAAUACAAGAAUUCAGAUUAGAGCUUUGGCCUGGCUACCUUACUUCCAUUAGACAGCACGAAAAUGAUAUCCUUAUGUGCGCUGAAGUAACACACAAAGUUAUGCGUCAACAAACUGUACUCGAUAUAUUAAAUGAUUGUUAUCAGCGAAAUUCUCGUUCCUGGAAAGAAUCGUUCGAAAGGCAAGUUACCGGUCUUGUUGUUCUUACGGAUUAUAAUAACAACACAUAUCGUAUAACUGACAUAGAUUACGACACAAAUCCCACUUCUACUUUCAAGUUACGAAGUGGUGAAAGUAUAUCUUAUAAAGAUUACUAUCAAAAUAAAUAUCGGAUCGGAAUAAGAAAUGACAGUCAACCAAUGCUCGUUACAAGAUUAAAACCGAAAGAACGUCAUGCAGGUCAACCCGAAUUGGUCUAUCUUGUUCCUGAAUUAUGUCGUGCAACAGGUUUAACUGACAAUAUGCGAGAGAAUUUCCACUUGAUGGCUGCAUUAGCAAAACAUACUCGAAUAUCUCCCAAAUCACGUAUAGCCAAACUAAUGACUUUUAAUAGACGACUUCAUAGUGAAAGCGCGAUACGUCAAGAACUUGAUGAGUGGAAUCUGAAACUUGACGAUAAACUUGUUAAUAUAACAGGUCGUGCGUUACCGCCGGAAAAAAUAAUUCUCGGAGGUAAUCGUCCCGUUUCCGCGGGCAAGACAGCGGACUGGACGCGGGAAUUACAUAAUAAAGCUUUGUUUAAUACCGCCAAAUUAUCUAACUGGGUUUUAAUCUGCAUGCAUCGUAUGAGACACGAAGUCGAGAAAUUCAUCAGAAUGCUUCAAGAAUCAGCACGUGGAAUGGGUUGUACAAUCGAGAACCCUAGAUAUUGGGAUAUCAACGAUGAUCGAUCCAACACAUAUUCCGAUACCCUCGAAAGGAUAAUGAGUUCUUCUAAUCCUGAAUUAGUUUUCUGCUUGGUAUUGAACAAUCGAGCCGAUCGAUACAGUGCUAUUAAAAAGAAAUGUAUCGUUGACCGGCCUGUACCCUCACAAGUUUUCCUUGCGAAAAAUCUCAACUCUAAAGGCGUAAGAUCGAUCGCUACCAAAGUAGCGAUCCAAUUGACUUGUAAACUUGGUGGUGCUCCAUGGAGCGUGGAAUUACCGCCAAUUAAUUUAAUGGUUGUCGGUUUCGACGUGUGUCACGAUCCAAGUGAUAAAAGCCGAGAUUUCGGUGCUAUGGUUGCAUCGCUUGAUAAAGGUUUAACUAGAUACUUCAGUGCAGUAAGCGCUCAUAAUUCGGGUGAAGAAUUGUCGAAUCAGUUCUCUGUAAAUAUGAUGAAAGCUUUGCAUUGUUACAGAAAUGCAAACAAGUGUUUUCCGUCGCAUAUCGUAAUUUAUCGCGAUGGCGUAGGUGAAGGUCAAGUUCCGCAUGUUCGUGACCACGAAUUGGAACAACUAAAAUCAAAGUUGAACGAAAUUUAUGGAGAUAAUCCUGUUCGAAUGGCAUUUGUAAUAGUUACCAAACGUAUUAAUACUCGUUUCUUCUAUAAUCAAGAAAAUCCUCCACCAGGCACCGUAGUCGAUGACGUAGUUACAAAUCCGAUGAGAUACGACUUUUAUAUCGUAUCUCAAAGUGUAUGGCAAGGUACGGUAACGCCAUGCGCUUACAACGUAAUUGCCGAUACAACUGGUUGGAAAGCAGACCAGUUACAAAGAAUUACUUAUAAAUUAUGCCAUAUGUACUUCAAUUGGUCAGGUACUGUAAGAGUACCAGCGCCUUGCCAGUACGCUCAUAAAUUGGCUUUUAUGGUAGCGCAGUUCAUACGCCGUUCACCAAGUACACAAAUGGAAACAUUAUUGUAUUACCUCUAAUUAUCCUAUAGAGUUUAUAUUUGAUACAAGAUAUGUUAAAGCUACUUAUACAACUGUAUAAGUAAAAGUUGAUCUGCAAGAGUACUUGUUAAAGAUAUUUCCAAAGGGUAUAUAUAAGUACAAAUGUUUGUUUUAGUUUUUAUUUUUUUUUAUAAUUAAACACUUUUUUUUUCUUUUUUUUUCGUAUUUUGUAAAGAUACAAGUUAUCUCGAAGUAUUACGUAAGUUACGUAAACUAUUUGGAUGACGUUUUAUUUUCUUUUUUUCCAUAUUUUUUUUUUUGCAUUUAAUAUGACUUAAAUCAAGGCUGAAAUAGAAUAAA